CGUCCCGCGGCAGCGAUGGCCCCGGCUUCUGCCCCGCCGUCGCGGUACUUCACGUGGGAGGAGGUGUCCCUGCGCUCCGGGAGGGAGCCGGAGCGAUGGCUGGUGAUCGACCGCAAGGUCUACGACAUCAGCGACUUCAGCCGGAGGCACCCGGGGGGCUCCCGGGUCAUCAGCCACUACGCGGGCCAGGAUGCCACGGAUCCCUUCACGGCCUUCCACAUCAACAAGGCCCUGGUGCGCAAAUAUAUGAGUUCCCUGCUGAUUGGGGAGCUGGCUCCGGACCAGCCCAGCUUUGAACCCAAAAAGAAUAAAGAGCUGCUGGAUGAGUUCCGCGCACUCCGGACAACCGUGGAGCAGAUGGGGCUCCUGAAGGCCAGCAAGGGGUUCUUCCUGCUGUAUCUGCUGCACAUCCUUCUGCUGGACGUGGCCGCCUGGCUGACCCUCUGGCUCUUCGGGACAUCUCUGGUGCCCUUCCUUGUCUGUGCCCUGUUACUCAGCGCCGUCCAGGCCCAGGCUGGGUGGCUGCAGCACGACCUCGGUCACCUGUCGGUUUUCAGCAAGUCUGGAUGGAACCACUUGUUUCAUAAGUUCGUCAUUGGCCACCUGAAGGGGGCCCCUGCCAGCUGGUGGAACCACUUACACUUCCAGCAUCAUGCCAAGCCCAACUGCUAUCGGAAGGACCCAGACAUCAACAUGCACCCCUUGCUCUUUGCCCUGGGGAAAGUUCUUCCUGUGGAGCUCGGUAUGCAGAAGAAGAAGUACAUGCCUUACAAUCACCAGCACAAAUACUUCUUCCUUAUUGGACCCCCCGCCCUGUUGCCCGUCUACUUCCAGUGGUAUAUUUUCUACUUCGUCAUCAAGCGCAAGAAGUGGGUUGAUCUGGCCUGGAUGAUCUCCUUCUACGUCCGCCUCUCCUUCACCUACGUGCCCCUGCUGGGAUUGAAAAGCUUUGUGGGGCUCUUCUUCCUGGUCAGGUUCUUGGAGAGCAACUGGUUUGUGUGGGUGACACAGAUGAACCACAUCCCCAUGCACAUUGACCGUGACCGGAAUAUGGACUGGGUCUCCACCCAGCUCCAGGCGACGUGCAACGUGCACGAGUCCCCCUUCAACGACUGGUUCAGCGGGCACCUCAACUUCCAGAUUGAGCAUCACCUUUUCCCUACGAUGCCUCGACAUAAUUAUCGUAAAGUGGCCCCGCUGGUGAAGUCUCUGUGUGCCAAGUAUGGCGUAAUCUACAAGUCCAAGCCUCUGUUCACCGCCUUCGCCGACAUCGUUCACUCACUGAAGGAGUCAGGGGAACUCUGGCUGGACGCCUACCUUCACAAGUAACCAACAGUCCCUAAAGGAAGAGGAAAAAGAGGAGGGAAUCUUGGAGCCGAGAACAGCAGAAGACAAAGGACCGGGCCACUUUCAAUCUAGUUUCCAAUGGGGGCGGGGAUGUGGAACCAGGAGUCUGCCCUACACAUUUUCCCCUCUUUCGGUUUCGGGCACAGAAAUGGUGACUGGUGGGGACAGGUGGAGACCCUGCUGGGGAGAAACAGCCAUCGGACUAAGACCGACGGCCCAGCCGUGUGCCAGAACGGUAGAGCUGGAGAAUUGGUUGGGUGGAAACCAGUUUGGGAGCUGGGAGGGCAGAAGAGAAGGAGAUUUAGUGGAAUCUAUAAGAGCAGAAGGUAGAAACGAGGACAAGCACCGCAUCAGAGCCGGGGAGAUGGAACACCACCUCAGAUUGAGGAGCAAGGAUCUGUCCGACUUUUUCCCAGACUGGAGGGAGAAAGGAAGCCCCAGUGGGGUUUGCCCCUAGGGCAUGGGCUACUCCCAGUGGAAAUCCCGUGAGCAGAACUCUUCACGUCCAGGUCUCCGGGGUGGCCGCCAACCUAGCCGGAGCCCCAGCGCAAGAUGGCAUCCCUCCGAGCUCGGCUGAAGGGCGAAGAACUGGGAGCGCCGACUCUUCAAAGAAGACCAAGUUGAGGUGACAGUCCUGAACCAGCCCCGAGCAUUACGGGAAAAAAGUUGCUUCUUGCGUUCUCAGGAGCACUGAGAUCAACUCGUUUGACUUUCGGCCAGACGGCUGAGAGCUAAACCCAUAAAAGCCGAUAAAUUAUCGGGCCAGAGGCCCGUGGCUCCAUCUCCCGCCCCUAUUAGCAUUUUAUCCAAACCUCCGGGUUGGAGGCCGGCAAAGCUGUUGGUGUCUGGAGAUCCCUUUUUCUUCUCCUCCCAAUUCCUUCCUCUUCUUCACUACUCAGUCGCCCAAGAGCCAAAGCUACCGAGAGAAGGCAGGGAUGUGGGUUGGCCGCAGCAGGGAGCCAGAUCCUAGCAGCCAAAACCCCCACCCAAGAACCACCACACCCUGGGAGUUUUUGUUUUUGGGCAACUGAAGGUGCAAGGCAUCCCCCCUUCCAAGUGAAGAGGGAUUGGUUUUCCCCUCAUUUCCUUAACCACCCAUUUCACAAAUUCAUUAUACGGACAAACCAUGGUAAAGGCCCAGACACAAAGCUGAGAACUCCCAUCCCCCCCACCCCGCAUUACUACAAAGCAGGCAAGGUUUACUUGAAACAACAAAGAGGGCAUUAAAUAGCGUGAACACCUUCCAAACCAGAAAUGGAGUCCCAGAAAAAAAAUGCUCAUCAUUUCCUUCAAGUGAUAGGGAAACCUCGUUAGUCUCACCCUUUUAGGGCCUCAGUGAAGAUGUCGUAAUGAAACUAGUCCCUAGAGGCAAGGCCUGAAGGACUGAGUAUAGGAAGCGUGGGUUGGGAAAUCUUCUGGUUUUCACACUACCUGUCACCAAAAGAACAUAGGAAAUGCAAUCCUGAGGCAGACCAACGGUCCUUCUAGCUCAGUAUUCUUGGGGACAGUCCCCACCCCCCAAAAAAAAAAUAUAUAUCAGUGUGAUAAGUGCUAGCCAUCUUCGGGGUUAGGGAGGGGAAGGUGUCUGCUAACUCUUUUGUGCUCUCUGAAGCACUUAGUACAGAGCUGUGCCCAGAGUAAGCACUCAGUAAAUACCACUGAUGAUCAUGAUGCUGAUAAAUGUAUUUUCUAACAUGUCUGGCUCUACCCUCUAAUUCCCCUCCACCAUAAUCUCCCGUUUUCCUUUGACGAGGGUAUAGAUGUUCAACCACUCCACCCGUAAAACUGGGCAGAACCAAGGGGGAAAGUAGUGAUUAGGGAGUCGGAGCUCAUAGUCUCACCUCCCACAAUAGGCACAACAACAAAAACCGGUCGGCAUGAUGGUACUCCUAAGUUUUCAUUUUCAGGUUUAAAGUUGAACGGUGAUCUUGAUGAGACUUUGUAUUACAUUGCUAUAGAUUGAGGACUUACUAUGUGUGUAGCACCGUACUAGGUUUGUAGAGAGGCGGGCAUAUUAGACUCCUGACACAAAGAAAUCAAAGAAGUUGAUUUACAGCUAUGAAAUAAAGGUGGAUCCUAUGGAGUUAAUAAUAA